GACACGAGGCAGGCCACAGGGGCCCGUUUGCUUCACCAAAACCGGGCAGCCCACGGCUUGCACCGUCGCACAGCCCAGGGCUACACCAUAGAGCAGGCAGCCACGGGUGGCGGCGGAGGCCGAGCGAUGAGGGCCGUCGUGCAGCGAGUCCUCUCUGCCAGCGUCGAGGUGGAGGGCCGCGUGGUGUCGGAGAUCGGCCCCGGUCUGCUCGUCCUCGUCGGCGUCCACGAAUCCGACACCGACGCUGAUGCCGAUUACAUAUGUAGGAAGGUCUUGAAUAUGAGGUUAUUUUCAAAUUCAAAGACUGGAAAAGCAUGGGAUCUGAGUGUUAAACAGAGUAAUUUUGGAGUAUUACUGGUGAGCCAGUUUACCCUAUAUGGUAUUUUAAAGGGUAACAAACCAGAUUUUCAUGUUGCUAUGCCACCUCAAAAAGCAAAGCCUUUUUAUGAGUCACUUGUUGAAAAAUUUCGCAAGUCGUACACUUCAGAUGCAGUUAAAGAUGGUGUUUUUGGAGCGAUGAUGAAGGUUAAUUUGGUGAAUGAUGGUCCUGUCACGAUGCAACUUGAUUCAUCAGUGUCAUGCUCUGGUUCCUCUGAGGUGGUGGAAGUUGGUGAACAAUGAGUUCAACCAGUAUGAAAUCCACUAGGCGUUACCAUUAGGUGUGUGUGCUCUUUUUUAGUGUGACUGCAUGAGGAUGAAAGUGAACCGAGAAACUUUCGUCAUAAUGCAGUUGUGAAUUUUCUUUAUGAUUUGGUAGUGACAGAAAAAAAAAGUAUCCGAUCUUCUAUCAGUUACAUAAUUGGAACAAUUGUAUUCUCAGAUUUCAAUGAUUUUGCACUCAUCUAAUUAUUCUUUUUAUAUA